GCCGCGUGGGGGAGAGGGGGCGUGGCGUGGCAGUGGCUCUCCCCAGCCGUGACCGUCUCUCUGGGCCGGCACUAUAUAACGGCGGCCCGCGGUCGGUGGCGGCACAGCUGCACUCAGCGGCCCAAACAGCCGUCCAAAGCAGCUCCAGCAUGGCCUUCAGACAGGUGUGCACGGUGGCCCUCCUGGCCGGCCUUUGCCUGGCCGACGGAGGAGGACAUGGCGGAGGAGGGUUCUCCGGAGGCGGAGGACAUGGCGGAGGAGGAUUCUCCGGAGGCGGAGGACAUGGUGGAGGAGGAUUCUCCGGAGGUGGAGGACAUGGCGGAGGAGGCGGCGGUGGAUACAGCAGUGGAGGCGGCGGAGGCGGCGGUGGAUAUGGUGGUGGCUCCAGCGUCUCUUCGGGUUACGGAGCUCCCAGCAAGGGAAGCGGAGGCGGCGGUGGAUAUGGUGGUGGCUCCAGCGUCUCUUCAGGCUACGGAGCUCCCAGCGUCUCUUCAGGUUACGGAGCUCCCAGCAAGGGAAGCGGAGGCGGCGGUGGAUAUGGCGGUGGCUCCAGCGUCUCUUCAGGCUAUGGAGCUCCCAGCAAGGGAAGCGGAGGCGGCGGUGGAUAUGGUGGUGGCUCCAGCGUCUCUUCGGGUUACGGAGCUCCCAGCGUCUCUUCAGGUUACGGAGCUCCCAGCAAGGGAAGCGGAGGCGGCGGUGGAUAUGGCGGUGGCUCCAGCGUCUCUUCAGGCUAUGGAGCUCCCAGCAAGGGAAGCGGAGGCGGCGGUGGAUAUGGUGGUGGCUCCAGCGUCUCUUCGGGUUACGGAGCUCCCAGCGUCUCUUCAGGUUACGGAGCUCCCAGCAAGGGAAGCGGAGGCGGCGGUGGAUAUGGUGGUGGCUCCAGCGUCUCUUCGGGUUACGGAGCUCCCAGCAAGGGAAGCGGAGGCGGCGGUGGAUAUGGUGGUGGCUCCAGCGUCUCUUCAGGCUACGGAGCUCCCAGCGUCUCUUCAGGCUACGGAGCCCCCAGCAAAGGAAGCGGAGGCGGCGGUGGAUAUAGUGGUGGCUCCAGCGUCUCUUCAGGGUACGGAGCUCCCAGCAAGGGAAGCGGAGGCGGCGGUGGAUAUGGCGGUGGCUCCAGCGUCUCUUCAGGCUAUGGAGCUCCCAGCAAGGGAAGCGGAGGCGGCGGUGGAUAUGGUGGUGGCUCCAGCGUCUCUUCGGGUUACGGAGCUCCCAGCGUCUCUUCAGGUUACGGAGCUCCCAGCAAGGGAAGCGGAGGCGGCGGCGGAUACAGCAGUGGAGGAAGCGGAGGCGGCGGUGGAUAUGGUGGUGGCUCCAGCGUCUCUUCGGGUUACGGAGCUCCCAGCAAGGGAAGCGGAGGCGGCGGUGGAUAUGGUGGUGGCUCCAGCGUCUCUUCAGGCUACGGAGCUCCCAGCGUCUCUUCAGGUUACGGAGCUCCCAGCAAGGGAAGCGGAGGCGGCGGUGGAUAUGGCGGUGGCUCCAGCGUCUCUUCAGGCUAUGGAGCUCCCAGCAAGGGAAGCGGAGGCGGCGGUGGAUAUGGUGGUGGCUCCAGCGUCUCUUCGGGUUACGGAGCUCCCAGCGUCUCUUCAGGUUACGGAGCUCCCAGCAAGGGAAGCGGAGGCGGCGGUGGAUACAGCAGUGGAGGAGGCGGAGGCGGCGGUGGAUAUGGUGGUGGCUCCAGCGUCUCUUCAGGUUACGGAGCUCCCAGCAAGGGAAGCGGAGGCGGCGGUGGAUACAGCAGUGGAGGAAGCGGAGGCGGCGGUGGAUAUGGUGGUGGCUCCAGCGUCUCUUCGGGUUACGGAGCUCCCAGCAAGGGAAGCGGAGGCGGCGGUGGAUAUGGUGGUGGCUCCAGCGUCUCUUCAGGCUACGGAGCUCCCAGCGUCUCUUCAGGUUACGGAGCUCCCAGCAAGGGAAGCGGAGGCGGCGGUGGAUAUGGCGGUGGCUCCAGCGUCUCUUCAGGCUAUGGAGCUCCCAGCAAGGGAAGCGGAGGCGGCGGUGGAUAUGGCGGAGGCUCUAGCGUCUCUUCGGGUUACGGAGCUCCCAGCGUCUCUUCAGGCUACGGAGCUCCCAGUAAGGGAAGCGGAGGCGGCGGUGGAUAUGGUGGUGGCUCUAGCGUCUCUUCAGGCUAUGGAGCUCCCAGCGUCUCUUCAGGUUACGGAGCUCCCAGCAAAGGAAGCGGAGGCGGCGGUGGAUAUGGCGGCGGCCCCAGCGUCUCUUCAGGUUACGGAGCUCCCAGCGUCUCAUCAGGUUACGGAGCUCCCAGCAAGGGAAGCGGAGGCGGCGGCGGCUACAGCAGUGGAGGAGGCGGAGGCUCCAGUUACGGAAGCAUCCCAAGCUCCAGUGGCGGUGGAGGAAAGUACGAGCCAAGGAGGUCAUCAUCUCACUACUCUGGAUAAUUUUGCCUACACUAUGGUGAGCUCCAGGUCAUGGAUGAGGAAGGCUCCUAAGGUAUUAAGCAUUUCGCAAAACCUGCUGACUCUUGUCGGCGGAUGCAGUUAUCAGAUAACCGUCAACACCGGCGGAACAUAAAUGGGCGCUUAUGAGACGCAUCAAACCGGAGUACCUUUCAUACCUUCAGGGAGUGUGUUUUGUCUUUCAUGUGUAUACUAUAUCUUGUUCGGUUACUGGUUAGCGCAAAAAUGCAAGGAGCGUAAAAAGUGAUGUCGGACUACUUGACUCGAUAGCUACAGCUGAGGUGCUCAGUCCCGGUCAGUUAUGCAUGAGGGAUGUUUUGCAUGGUGCGUAAUUUGUAAAUAAACAUGUUUACAGUAGAACAGUGACGAAAA